AUGGAGCCGGCAACUAGCUUGGAGAAGCCGCUAGACGAGGAGAAAUGGGUGUGCGAUGCCUCCGUCGAUCACAAAGGAAGGCUUCCUGACAGAUCCGUCACUGGAGGUUGGAGAGCAUCCUUGUUCAUCAUAGUGAUCGAGUUCAGUGAAAGGCUGAGCUACUUCGGACUGGCCACCAACCUCAUCAUGUACCUCUCCAAGGAGUUGCAUGAGGAUUUGAAGACGGCCGCCAAGAACGUCAACUACUGGAACGGCGUAACCGCCGUGAUGCCCCUCGUCGGAGGCUUCGUCGCCGACGCCGCUCUCGGGAGGUUCUUCACUGUCAUUAUUUCCUCCCUCGUCUACAUCGCGGGACUCACUUUGCUGAGCUUGUCGCAAUUAGUCCCUCGCCUGAAACCUUGCAAUGGGGCCGCCUGCGCCGGCGGCAGAUCGAUGCGCGUCCACGAGGUCAUCUUCUUCUUAGCCAUCUACUUGAUCUCCGUCGGGACCGGCGGCCACAAGCCGUCUCUGGAGAGCUUCGGUGCCGACCAGUUCGACGACAACCACGCCGGGGAGCGCAAGCGGAAGAUGUCCUACUUCAACUGGUGGAACUUCGCCCUCUGCGGUGGUCUUCUCUUCGGCGUCACCGUCAUUCCCUACGCCCACGACGUAGUCGGGUGGUGGCUGGUUGACGUCGUGCUCACGGCCAACAUGUGCUUCAGUCUGGUCGUCUUCGUCGCCGGCAAGUCAUUUUAUCGGUACCGCAAGCCGGUCGGAAGCCCGUUCACACCAAUGGCCCAGGUCGUAGCGUCGGCGCUGGCCAAACGAGCGCUUCCCCUGCCGUCUGACGCCGGAGAACUUUACGAAGCUCCUAAAACAGAGCAGAGGCUCCUCUGCCACACUAACAAGCUAAGGUUCCUGGACAAAGCCGCCAUAAUCGAGCACAAAGACGACGCGGCGGCCUUCGCCAUCGAGCAAUCGAACCCAUGGCGGCUCGCGACGGUGACCCAAGUCGAGGAGCUGAAGCUAAUAAUCGGCAUGGUUCCUAUUUGGCUGACGGCGCUACCUUUUGGCAUCGCCGUGUCGCAGUCCUCCACCUUCUUCAUAAAGCAAGCAAGCGUCAUGGACCGGAAGCUCGGCGGCUUCGAAAUUCCGCCGGCCUCCGUCUUCGCCCUCGGCGCGGUGGGCAUGCUCAUCACGGUGACGCUGUACGACAAACUCCUGGAGCCGGCGGUGCGGAGAGCCACUGGGCAAGAGCGAGGCGUGAGCAUCCUCAAGAGGAUCGGGGUGGGCAUGGCGCUGUCGGCGGUGGCGAUGGCCGCGGCCGCGCUGGUAGAGCGGAGGCGGCUGACGGCGAGGGCGCAGGUGACCGUGUUCUGGCUGGUGCCGCAGUACAUGACGAUGGGGCUGGGCGACGGCUUCGCGCUGGUAGGGCUGCAGGAGUACUUCUACGAGCAGGUGCCCGACGGGAUGCGCAGUCUGGGGAUCGGCCUCUACCUGAGCAUCUUCGGGGUGGCCAGCUUCCUCAGCAGCCUCCUCAUCACGGCGGUGGACCGAACCACGACCUGGUUCGCCAGGGACCUCAACGGGAGCCGAUUGGACUCGUUCUACUGGUUGGUGGCGGCUCUGAACGCCGUCAACAUCUGCGUGUUCGUGUGCACUGCAAGAAGCUAUUCCUAUAAGAGCGUACAGAGGAAGGUCGCGGUUGUCGAUUCCCCUGAAGCUGAUGCCUGAACUGAAAAUGGAAGAUUUGAAUAACAAAUUAUCAGUCGAUCUAUUUCUACCUUGUGACAACAUUUUAACUGAACUAUCCAGCGAUAGUUCAUACAUUG